UUAUUGGGAAUAUAGUUUGGGUUGGACCAAUACUUGCAGCACUUAGCGUGGAGCUCUUGCGAGCACAACAGCAGAGGUUUCUUUGGCAAGAAUCCCACUUUUAGGCACACUGGUUCGUACACAGGUGCCUCCAGGCUGCCUGACAGUCAUCACCGUGUCCAAUUAAUGCCACAGCACAACCCUCCGAGAAAGUUAACGGGGUGGAACCAAAGAGGAACCCUUUGCAUGCAGUUACGCGUGGAUACCCCUUUAAAAGACUCACCAUGUUGCCAUCACAUGCUUCAGCACAGAAGUGGGAUGAGGAUAUUCUUCUUGUUGUUGUUAUGUAAAACACAUUUGUUUCUUUUACAGUCUGUAAUUUUUUAAACAGCACUGGGGGAAGACUUUUGCUGAGGAUUUCUUCACUUUGUGUGGCAGGAGUAGAAGGGGGACAGCCCACCCCCGUCAGUCAGCGCUGCAGUCAUGUUGUGCUGCUAGUUGUUCAGUAGCAAUACACCGACUGGUGCGCAAACUGAAAGCUGCGUACAGUGUUAAUGCCAAGUGACGGAUAUAAGCAACGCGUGUGUGUGUGUGCGGGAUCUUCAGCAGCAACACUCAAGGUUUACAGCCGUGUUGGCGUCGGAGGAGUGGAUGGGAUAGGAAAUAAAAAAACAUCCUGAACAAACCCUGCUCUUCUCGGAAAGGAGUGUUACCUCCGCUUGAGAGAAGAGAGUUGUUUGCUCCGUCUCUUCUCUCCUCUCGUCGGCUUUUUAAAAAGGAGUUCUCUCUCUCUGGGUGGAGUGACGGAACAUCGGCGACAUUCGUGUUUAUUUCCUCUACUUGAGAGCUGCAUCGGUUAAUCAGCCGGACGAGGCGGACUUGUCUUACCUAGCCAUUUGGAAAACAAGGUGCCCUGCCUGGCUCCUCACACCAUUGAAAAUCAGACGAGAUAGUGCCUGCCACACGGAGCUACGGUACGGCCCAGUGUAGAAGCAUGUGAUGACUCACGCAAGGCAGAAGAGUUCCCUCAGGCAGAGCGACAGAGGUGCUGAGUUGUGGGACAGCUGCUCUCUUUGGCCACAUGGUGGCGCUAUGGGGAGCACCUGGCCUGAGCGCUCUCUACGAUUUGGGAGGACAAAAAAGAUAAGUGAGGUCAUCAGACAAAGGAAAGAUCCGGCCAAGAAGAUGAAUGACAAGAGAGGCAGAACAGGAAAGUCAGAUCAGAACAGAAAACUGGACCGGAGGCGCGACAAGAAACGCGAUAGGAAGUUGUAUCCUUUGCGGGGGAGGACUGGGGUAUCAGAUGGGGAGGGCCUCAGCUGCCAUGUCCUCCUUACCCGUUUGGAGGAAAGCGUCCGUGAGAGCUCUGAAGAAAGGCAGCGAAAGGAUGCACGCCGACAUUUGUCUCUCAAAGCCAAACAUAAAAAAGGGAAAGGCAGUAAAAGAAAAGGGGAAAGACCAAAAACUAAAUCAAAGUCAAGCAGCCCAAGUCAUGGUGAGUGUAUUCAUGUCCCACAACCUCGCAAGCGCAGAUUGGCCUCUCUUAAUGCUGAGGCAGUGAACAGUCUACUGCUUGAAAGAGCCACUGACCCCCAGCCAGCAGCCAAACAAGCCCGGAGACAGGAAGAGUCCACGAAUGUAGGGAUAGCCCUGGAUCUAGAUCCAGCCAGGAGUGGUGUCUCUGGAGGUCUGAAGGCUUCUCGAGGAAAAAUCAGUAAAGCCUCCGCUUCUCACAAAUUUCAACUGUGCCAAAGCUCAAACAAGGUCAAAAAGGCCAAAGCCAACCGAGUAGAGAGCAGAGGACUGACUCAAGAGAGUCUGGAUGCCCCCGCCCCCAGAAGAUUGGCUGGACUGAAUGCUGCUGCCCUGCUGAAGUUAACUAGCUCCUCUGCUUCCAGUAAACAGAGGGUAAAGACUGCACCCACAGCUACUAUCACAUCAGACUGCAAGGCUCCUGCUAUGGUCUCAACCCCAAAACAGCACUCCAGUGUCAAGCUCAAACACAAGGGGCGUUCACAAAAGCAGAGAGGGAAGAAGGUCCUCCCCCAGCACAGUGGUUGCACAGCCUGCAAGAAGAAGGCAGAUUUUGAGCCCAAAGUGGAGUGGGAGACCGGCAGCUGCACCCAUCGGCUGACCAAACCAGGUUACCAGUCACGCAGCAUGCUAGGGUACCCACUAAAGCAAGUGAAGGAAGAGCAGCUAGAGACCGAACUGAGCCCAUACUACUGCUGUCCACCAGAAGGCUCAGUGGAAUACUGCCACCGCUUGGCCUUCUUCCUGGGUCAGCAGCCCUAUGGAAAAUCAGACGAUCGGCCCCUUAACUCAGCCUUGCCCCCUGUGAAACGCGAGUGCCUCGUAACCUCACCGUCCCUGACGCAUUCCCACCCGCACACGGCUCUGACUCUCAGCCCUCACCCGUGCCUCUGCACCGCCGAUCACUGCUUCUCCAGCUACUACGUUCACAUUGCCCAUCCGACACACACUGGAACAACGUCAGCAAACCUGGCUUCGCGUACUAUGAACUUUACACCCUCCAGUUUAUGCCCUAAUCGGGUGACUGGGUCCAAGCUGCUAGGUUCACAGAUGUCCCACACCCCAGGGCUGACCCACCCCACGUACUGCAACUCAGUGGCUUCACCCUGUUACGGUGAUGCCUGCGGGAUCAGCGGCUACUCCUUCAGAGCCAUGCCUCCUGUCACCAGCAGGGGUUGUUCUUUCAGCACAGGAUGCACUGGAUGCACACACAGCAUCAAAACAGAGGGUUACUCCUCCCCUCAGGGUGAUCAUAGCCCUUCCCUUCUCGUUCCCCCCUCCCUGCCCAUGUCCAGCUGCCCUCUAUCCAGUGUGCCCACCUCCACCCAGACUAAACCCCACCUGCUGACCCCCCUGUCGGGGCGAGACCAGCCUCAGGCCAGGUUAAAGUUGGCCAGAGAAUGCCCACAGAGCACCAAACCCUCCAAUGGCUCCCUGUCCAUGGGCCGUACACGGCUGCCCCAGAAACAACCAUUGCCCUUGCCAAGCCUCAGCAGCACCAAACAAAAGAGAGUCGGCCGUAGACGUGCCACCAACGGCUGGCGGCCUGUUGGAAUUCCCACAGAGAAGGAGGUCUUUAUUGCGGGAGAGGAUGAGACAGCCCUGCGGCAGUGUUAUGAAGGAGUCGAGAGGGAUGGUGAAGUGAUACGUGUCAGAGACACUGUGCUGCUACGAUCAGGCCCCAGGAAAAAAUCCCUCCCAUAUGUUGCCAAGAUAUCAGCGCUGUGGGAGGACCCCAAAACAGGAGAGCUGAUGAUGAGUCUUUUCUGGUACUACCGACCCGAGCACACCCAGGGAGGCCGAGAUCCCAGCACACACUGUGAGAAUGAGAUUUUCGCCUCUCGGCAUCAGGAUGAAAAUAGUGUGGCCUGCAUAGAAGAUAGAUGCUACGUUCUCCCACUCGCUCAGUACUGUAGAUUUUGUGCCUUGGUAAAGCGGCGUGCCGAAGGCACCCCACCUGGCAGCGCCAGCAUGGUGCCCUGCCGCCCCGACUUCGCCCCCCCUUCCCACCGCUGUGUGCCCACAGACGUCGACCCUGAGCUGGUGUAUCUCUGCCGGCACGUCUAUGACUUCCGCUAUGGACGCAUCCUGAAGAACCUGCAGUAGGGGAUACAGGGGGUGAUGUACCCAUGAAUGAGUCAUAACACGGCAACCCCUUCUGCACAAAGGUGAAGGACUGACCACCCCUGUCUUUUCUGCUGGGGACGCUCAUGAUCAGAGAAAAGAGGCAAUGAUCGGGUAGGGCUGGUUUUGGAGAGGGACAGAUGAAACAAAACGUGUUGGUGACACAUUAUGAAGCACAGAUCCCUUUAGUUUACCACAGAGGGGUUACAAUAUGAUAAAUGAACCCAUCUCAGCCAGAGCACCAAUAUUUCCUGGUUUGGAAGGGAGAAUUGAUCCAUCAGCUUGGAGUUUUUAGCCUCUGCAACACUCUGAGGUUACGAGGAGGCUUGUGUGCUCACCCUUCCCCCUUGUCUGCCAUGAAUGCUGAACGGCAGACUGAACUGGGCUACUGUCAGGACCACGUUUCCCCCAGAGCAUCUUAGCACAACAAUCAUGUUUGUUUCAUUUGUAAGCCAAUGGCUCAGGAAUGGUCCGGCACUAAGGUGCUUCCCCGGGAACACAAGCCUGCACUGUCAGCUCAGUGUUAACGGUGUUCAAGCAGCCAGGGUGAAGGAGCAGCUAAUGGAGAGUGUCGUCUUAUUUCUCCUGAUUUGAGUUUGUCUCACUUGUGUGUUUGUGUGUGUGAAAGACAGAGUGGAAGAGCCAGUGUUGUCAGUGUGGAUAAAUGGAUAAAUGUGGGUAUGUGUGAUGGUUUUUUAGGAGGCUUUCAGGCAAUCAAACCAAACAAGCAGCUUUAGAGGAAGCAGAGCCCCCCCCCCCCCCCCCCCCCGUGUGCCACAGCACACUGACAGAUACAUUUUCAUCUCGUGUGAUGCCCAGUGCAAACUAAAAUACUGUACCUGAUGGGGCUUUGUUACCAAACUCAGCUCUAGAGCAGGGCCUCUUUAACUCUCGGUCAGGACAUUAAAAUUAACUGUAAAGUAGGCCUCAGUGAAUUUCCAAACUGUCUGACCUUUCAGCCACAGUCCUGGCUGGAAGAGGCCUUGUUGUAGAGAGGCUCCUCCAAGGGUCCAAUGAGACCGCCUUUACUGAGACGCUCCUCAGCCCUGUGAAGGCUUAUCAAAACGAGGGCCAUCGCUUAUUGUUUUUUGUUUGUUUUUCCUUAUAUUUUUCACCUUUGCUGUUCCCUGUGACUUGCCUUAUGACUUGGGGGUAAAGCCUUAGGCAGCUAGUCUCAUCACCACAUUCAACAAGGAGGCGGCAGAAUGGGUGUACUGUAGUCCCCAAGAAAAAGGAUUUUUGUUGCUGAUCGACUGGCUGACAGCUAUGACAUGAUCACUGGACAACAUGCACUGGUUCAGGGCAGCAUCUCUUGAGUCAUUUCAUAAUCAAUUAAUCAUUCUGUCAAUAGAAGGUCACAAAAUUGUGAAAAAUGCCUCUAUAAUCCUGUUCAGCACCCAAACAUUCAGUUUGCUCAGAGCAAAUGACUAAAAUGAUUAUCUGAUUAUGAAAAUUAUUUCAUAUAUAUUUUCAGCCAGUUGACAAAUCAUUUAAUCGACUCGUGGUUGCAGCUCUACAUUGGUUAAAGGCACAGUGCACUUCUCAUAUCGUCGAUCUGCUGUGCUCUGGCUGCUUACGUUCGUCCUGAAAAGUCGCAGUGUCUCAGAAAUGUCUUUUCUGCCUGUUCUGAUUCUACGUCUAAAAUUCUUUUCCUCCUCCUCCUCUUACAUCUCUUCCCCGUGCCCAUGAAGAUAAACCAAAGGAUGUCACAUGAGCCCGAGCCCCCAUUCUCUUUGUCGCUCUUCUUCUCCUUGUCAGGACUUCUGCCUUUGUUCCUUUAUUGUAUUGCACUAAUCCAUUCCUUAAUUACAACAAAUGUGUUCAGCUUUUUUUUCUUUGUUCAAGCUACUAAUAUCUUACUGGGGAGAAAAUACUAUGUAUCACGUGUGUGUGUGUGUGUGUGUGUGUGUGUGUGUGUGUGUGUGUGUUCUAUAGGGAAGAAAACAGCAAGGAGGUCAUGGCUGCUUUUGUCGGUGCAAACUGUAUAUUUCUAUUCUUUCACCAGUAGAAGAGUUGGCCAGCGUGUUCGUCAUGUUACCUGAUGCACAACCUGUUGAAUCCCAUGGAAUAUAUACAGUAUAUACAGUAUAUAUUACUAUAGUCAUUCCAUUUGAUUUUUCAAUCAGCUCUGACAUACUUAUAUAAAUAUACAGUAUGUAUAUGUAUGUAUCCACACUGUCAAUGUGAUUAGAUUUUAAAAAACGCAUCUGGAUGACGCGCUGUGUGGAGAAACGUAGCACCAUAUUAGAUGUGUAUUCGGGUGGGGGUAUUUGUGGGUGGGAAUGCAUGGGAGGGUGUUUGAUACUUAGCUGAGUUGUGGAUUUCAUACCACACUCAUUCAUUGCCUUUUAACCUGCAAGUGUUGUACUGUCACUCAGAAAUCGAUUAGUGUCGGAGUGUGUGUACCUUUUUGAAAACAUAAAGAGUACCCGAUUGCUUUCCUACGCACCAAAACGCCCUGUUCUUCAACAAUGGAUAAGCCGUCAGUUUUCAGCACUCUAAAGCCAUCUUUGUCUCUAUUUGAGCAGCAUGACUCAGAGCCCAAAACAAUAUCAAAACGUGAUCAUUGGGGAUCUUUUUAAUUUCUGCUAGCACCCAGAUUCUUCAAAGAGGUAAAAUAUAUUCUCCUACUUUGCAAUUAUUCCUUAGUAAAAAUAUUUUAUUAUGUCAAUUUCCUAAGAUUGCAUAUGCAAUAUAUUUUUAGACUUACUAUUUUUGGAAAAUGAACCUAACAAAUCAAGAAAAACAUUAUUUUUAUUUUAUUUCAAAUUAGUUUUAAAUCAUUGCAACAUUAAUUGAGGUUUGAUCAAAUGAAAGAAAGAGGAGAAUGAAGGGACUUGAUGCCGUCAUAUGACCAAAGGUUGUAGAUAACCGGCAGUGAGAAACUCCCUUCUAGGCGAUUUUUAAUGAAGUGUACAUAUCUGAACCCAGGAAGCACCGGGCACUCUUUAAGCAAGCAGACAGCCAAUGCACAGUGUAGUAUUUUUUGCAAAAUCUGUAAUAAUUAUAUUUAAAGUAAUAAAAAAUAUUUAAAUGGAGUAAACAAUACAAUAUAUUAAGAUUUCAAUUUAACUUAUUUGGAAAUACUGUGUCUAAUUGAUUAACUAUAUCCUGUUUCUUUGUGCUCCAGGAUAGAAAUUGUUUCUGUUUAUUUGUAACUUAUAAGUUUAGAAAUUAAAUGAUUGAGUGGCGGUUGUUGACAGCAAUGUAAAUGUUGUUUAGUUUUUAUCAUUUAGUUGUAAGGGGGUGGAGACCAGACCAAAGCACACCCUGACUGACCUGGAGGCAGAAGUGGCCAUGAAUCACAGAAACAGAUUUCAUCCCAUUCCUUUUUGCCCAAGUUGAUACUUUCACGUUCUAGAUGCAUUUUUUAAAUUUCAUGGAUAGUGGAAGUUAAGUCACGACUAUGGGGUUUAGUUACUCUUUAAAAAGUCAAAUCUGACCUGAGAUCUGUGGAAAGAGGCGAUUUCUAGUUCCCCUGACUGACCUGACUGACCUUAAGUGUGACGUUUGGGAGAAUGUCAUGGCAACAUGGUCACCUGAGCUUUUAUUGAUUCGUCCUAUUUGGGGAAAGACCGAGAUGGUACACCUGAGAUUGGACACAACGUCCUCUGGGCUCUAGGUAGAAGAUCCCCUCAGGUGCUGAUCUGAGACUAAUUUCCCUCCUCUAAAUUUAACCCAAGAUUACAGAGGGUUUUCAGUAAGGGUCAGGAAUUAGGGACUGUAUGAAAAUUACUAGGCAGGGUGGGACAGUGAGAAAAGGGUUGUGUAUUUUUAAUUUUUGCUUAAGUUAAGGUAGUAUGUAUUUGUUGGGAGAGUAGAUGAGGGUCUAAAAUUAUUAAUAUUAUGCUGAUGUUAGCACUAAAGUCUGUUAGCACUAAAAAAAUCACCUGUUUGCCAUAAAUAUGUUAUUUUGAGAUGAGGAGGGAUUUAGAUUUAGCUUUCUUCCUGCCCCCAGUAAUUUUUAUACAGUCCCUUAUUUAAGUCAUUAAAACUAUGACUGUAUUUGUCAGUGGGCUGAGAGUAAAUUUUAAUAAGCAGAUUAAAUUGAGGAUUUGCUGAACAGCUUCUCCCACCAUCCAAAUCAGCUGGCCAACAUCGCCUUUCUCUUAGAUGUGCAUUGACCAUGUCAGGCCCCUAGAGGGCAGGAAUCCUUUCUGUGCAGGACAGUCUCAUAGCCAUAUCCCAAAGCUGUUCAGCAGCUUCCUCUCCUUGUCCUCUUUCCUUCCAUCCUUAUCUUCUUUGGCUGCUGAAAGAACUUCCUAGAAAUGGAAAUAAAGAAUGCUCAGUGAGGAAGUUGCCAUGAGUCAUCCUCCCAAGUGCUGGGCAGCCCUGCAUGGACUAGAUUUUUUGUUACUAUUCAUGUGAAUUAAGUUCCAAGCGGCUUUGCAUGGACACAGUUUGUUGCCAUGACAACGACACAGUGCCAGCACUUGAGAGAAGUCAGUUUCUGCGUUCGUAGGGUGUUCACAGUGACAGGGGACGUACACUGAGUGACCUUCACUGAUGCCACACAGGAAGUGUGUUCGCUCCAUGAGUCAAAAACACCAAAAGCACCUGACCAACCCAUUAGAUUCUGCUUUUUGUGUGGUCUGUACUGAUGCUUAUUGUCACAUAUAUUUUGUUAUAUUUGGAAAAUGGGGGAUAUAUAGUAAAAAGUCUAGAUAUUUUUGGAGUAUAGAAGCAAUGUGUGUAUCAGAUUAUUGUCAUUUUGUCAUGCUCUCUGAAAAUCUCUUUGAUUUUUUGGAAGAAUUAUAUAACAUCCCUACUGAUUUAAUGUUACGUUGGAAGAAUAUUUAUAAAUUUUAAGUCCUUUGUGAAAAA